AUGCUCUCCUCAGCCCGGCGCUGGGUGCAUCGCAACCGGACGCCCAUUGCCAUCGGCCUCGGCGUCGUGGGCGCUGGCUAUGCCGUCACCCAGUAUGUCAUGUCCAAGAUCAACGACGCGCGCGAGCGCAUGAGCAGCGACCGCAUUGCCAAGGAAAAUCUUCGACGUCGAUUCGAGCAGAACCAGGAGGACUGCACCUUUACCGUCCUCGCCCUCUUGCCCACGGCCACGAGCAACAUCGUCACCGCGCUCAACACCGAGCAAAUCACCUACGAGAUUCAGCAGAUCAAGAGCUCCGCGCGCAGCCUCAAGGGCAUCCAGAACACAAGCCCGCCCAGCAUUGCCGAUACCACCCUUACCGAGGAUGAUAGCAAGAGCACCGUCAGCGUGCCGGUCGAGCUCGGCAUGCCCUUCACUUCAGACGGCUCCCAGCAGGAGCUCGCUCCUCCCAGGCCGCGAAAGACAAAGAGGCAGCUGUGGGAUGACCUGACUAUUAGCGCCAUUACGAGAUCAUUCACGCUCAUUUACACGCUCGCCCUCCUCACCAUGCUGACCCGGGUCCAGCUGAAUCUUCUGGGUCGGCGCAGCUACCUCUCCAGCGUCGUUGCCCUCGCCACCGGCAGCCAACAGGCCACCAUCAACCUAGAGAACAACGACGACGACAACCCCGACCAAUCGUACGGCAGCGACUUUGACACAAACCGCAAGUACCUGACAUUCAGCUGGUGGCUGCUGAAUAGGGGCUGGAUUGAUGUCAUGCGCCGCGUCGAGAGCUCUGUCAGGACCGUCUUUGGCAGCCUCAGCCCUCGCGACCUCGUCACCUUUGACCGCGUCUCCCAGCUGACGGCAGAGGUCAGGAAGCUGAUUGAAGGGUCCAGCGCCGAUGAGCGCAAGCGUUCGGAUUGGUUGACCUUUCUCUUGCCGCCCAGGGACAAGGAGGACGAGGUCAUCCGCGAGUCGGGCAUCCUCGACGACGGAGGCUUGCCCCCUCAAGCAGGCUCUCAGGUGUCGUCUGCCGCGCUGAGGCGGCUGCUGGACGAGACGGCAGAUCUGAUAGAGUCGCCCGCCUUUUCACACGUCUUGACCCUGAUCCUCGACCGGGGGUUCUCGCAUCUCGUGGACAAGAAGCUGGCCACCGAGGCUUUCGAGUUUUCUCUCGACGAGUCCCCCACCACAGUGGCAACAACAGCCAGCCUCAAGCGCAGCCGGGCCAUCCUGCUGCCCAAGAUUCUCUCCGUCCUGACGCGGCAAGCUCACGUCAUUGGCAACGGCGUGCCGAACGAGUAUCUGCAGGAGAUGGAGUCGGUGCGCGAUCUCGAGGCCUUUUCCGCAGUUGUCUACUCGAGCAACUGGGAAAACGAGAUGAAGGACGAGGGGCUCAUGGAGAGCGCCGUGUACCUCAAGUCGGAAGAUACCCAGUCGCAGUCGACUCAGGUCGACAGCAGCGUCGUCAUGGUUGACCGCCAGGCGGCCAACCUCGAGGGUGCAUGGGAGAGGGCAACGGAGAAGAAAUCUUGA